AAAAAAAAACCUUCUUUUCCUUACUUCCCUUACCUUACCUCCCAUUUUCGUUUUCGUUAGACCAGUUAACAGAUAUCUCCCCAAUCGUGAAUCAUGAUCUAGGGUUUACAUCAAUAACCUCCUACUUCCAGAUCUCUAUAAUCCAUACUCCCAUAAAUCAACGUGUAUGAUCAAUUGAUUGAAACUCGGGAUCAUCAAUGGAAUCCGAAGAAGUUCUGAAGGCUGUUUUCCCUUUACUGGAAGGUGUUGAUCUCGCUUCUUGUAUGUCUGUCUGUAAGCAGUGGAAAGACUUAGCUAAAGACGAUUUCUUUUGGAAAUGUCAGUGUGCCAAGAGAUGGCCGUCAAUCUGCAAGCAACCCAACCCUCCUACUGAAACCUACUACAAGUUAUACAAAACCUUCCAUAAACGCCAGCAUCGCAAAACUCUUCUCCCUCCGAGAAUUUCCUUUGAUGAUCUAGACUUUUUCAUCGACAUUUGGGCUGAAAACAACCUUCUCUUCUCAGAAGUCGUGUCCGGCUCUGUCCUGCAGUCGGGUUUCAAAAGUCCACCAUCUGGAGUUUGCGAUCUGCUCAAGUUUCACCUCGAGGGUUCUGAAUACAAGAUGACUUUUCCGGUGGAACCUCGGUUUACUAUCCCUUCUGGCCAAAAUCAGAAUGUCAGUGUCUCUGUGAUGGUUGGACGGAACGAUACAAACAAGGUUGCAUGCGUCAUAAAUAAGUCCAUGUUCGAUUAUAUUGACCGGUCAUCAUAUAGAGCCUUGGCAUUUGAUUACCUAGAAAUAUCCCCUGGCUACCCGUUUUUGUCGGGCAUCCGGGCAUGGAUCUCUUUACUAUUCAUGGAAGAUGUAAAGGAAGAUCUUAUGGAUGUAUUUGGGAUCCAAAUGGAUUUCUGUGAUGUGGCAAAUUCUAAGGAAGAAGUCUUGUGGCUGUUGGACAUGCUAGAUUGGAAGUGAAUGUUAAAAGUGUUAUGUCACAGCAAUGGUUCAAAAUAAUUGGAUAUUAUGGUUUUAUGUAAACUUGUUUUGUUGAUAUGUUGUUAUUUUGUCAUGGGUGCAUACAUUACAAGGUUUUGUCAUCUUAUUAUCAUCACAAAUUUGUAUAAUUGGUGGUUGUUAAUAUCUUGAAUGUUUGGGUAUGUAAAUUUUUUAUAAUUUCAUGGUCAUCAAUAAAUACUUUAAUUUUUUU